AUGGGCCAGAUGAUACCCGACCCGACGUCAGCGCCGCCAGUGAAGCUCAAGGCAAACUGCGCGUCCAGAAAAUCCCAAAACGAUGCCUCCUUUACCGAGAGGGUCAUCGCCGCCACCGGGCCAAAUGCUGAUCGGCGCCUGGUCGAAGUGAUGCCCAGUCUGGUGCGCCACCUCCACGCGUUUGCUCGUGAGGUCAACCUGACAGUAGCGGAGUGGAUGGCUGCCGUCGAAUUCAUCAACGAAUGCGGCAGGAUGUCGGACGACCGACGGAACGAAACCCAGCUGCUGUGCGAUAUCGUCGGGCUGGAGAGCCUCGUCGACGAAAUCACGUCCAGAAUGCUGGCGACCUCCAAUUCUGAGACCCCAUCUGCCAUCCUUGGGCCCUUUUAUCGGCAAGACGCCCCGCUGCUGCCGAACGGCAGCUCCAUCGUCCAAAACCUCAUCCCAUCGGUUCCGUGGUAUGAACAGGCAGUAGCCAGCUCGGCGUUUGUGACGGGCCGUGUCCUGUCGAGCUCGGGGGUGCCGAUCAAAGGGGCGAUCGUGGACGUGUGGCACUCGGCACCGAACGGCUUGUAUGAGCAGCAGGACGAGUCGCAGCCCGACAUGAACUUUCGAGGUCGAUUCGAGACGGAUGCCGACGGACGCUACGCCUUCUAUGCGCUGCGGCCCGUUCCGUACCCAAUACCCGACGACGGGCCCGCGGGGAGGCUGUUGUCCUUGCUGGACCGGCAUCCGUAUAGGCCAGGGCACAUCCACUUCAUAGUCUCUGCUGCAGGAUUCCGAGCACUGACGACGCAAUUAUAUGAUGAAGGAGACGAGUACAUCGCGAAGGACUCUGUUUUUGCCGUGAAGGAUGAACUGGUGGUCAGGUUUGCGCCGCGAGACGGCGAUCCUGACGCGAGGUGGUCACUCGAGUAUGACUUUGUUCUUGGUCGUGCAAGCGACCAGGGAUGA